AUGGCUCGGUUGAGUAUCGAAUUGCAAAUGUCUACUCGCAAUCAUCCACAAACGGAUGGUCAAACCGAAAGGUGCAUCCAAGUACUAACUCGGCUUCUAAGAAGCUACACUCAAAACGCACAAGAUUCUUGGGACAAGUGGUCACCACAACUGGAAUUUGCAUACAACUCCACUUAUAAUACUGCUAUUCGUGCAUCUCCCUUUGAAGUCGAUCUAGGAUACUGCCCAAACGAACCACUCCUUGAUCAUGAUGAAAUGGCCAACGCAAGAAAUAGCGACCGACAACAACUCAUGCAACAAUUACAUGCCAUUACGUUAAGAACUAAAGAGUUUCUAACCGAAAAUCAAAUUGAUAUGCAAUCAACAAAAAACAAGGGAAGAAAAGCAUUAGUGUUCAAAGUGGGAGAAUGGGUAUUGCUACAUGAAGAUUCUAUAUUCACGUUGAGACAUCAUGGAAAAUCUCAAAAAAUGUAUGGAGGUCCCUAUCAAGUGAAAAAAGUUAUCAAUAACAAUGCGUACGAACUGGACAUGCCUAAUCACCCGAGGAAACACAAGGUAGUCAAUGUACAGUGGUUGAAGAAAUUUGUUCAUCGAACUGAAGCCUAUCCAAAUGAAUCGCCCAUCUCAUCAUUGGAUAAAGUUAUUCGGUGUUCAGAAAUAACAGAGGUUAUUGGUUACGACACAUUAAACAAAAUAUACUUCUGCAAAAUGUCAAUUAUUGAUCCAACCAUUACAGUGCAAUAUCAGGAACAUGAAUUCAACGCACUUCCAGAAACAAGACGGAAACAACUUAUGGAUACAUUCCGACGCACCUGCGGAAACCCCGGGGAAGAAGGAGGGGAAGAUGUCAUGGAAUAA